AUGUUACUCUCCUCGACACUUCCCGGAGCAGAGGCGGCGUUUAGCGUCGAGGCGGCGAAGCAGCGCGCCGUGAAAUCCGCCCUCGCGUUCGUCAAGGCAGUCCAGUUGCUGCUCUUCCCGCCGCCCACGCCUGCCGCCAGCAUGGCGACGGGGCAGGACAAGGCGUUUGCUGCCGCCGCACCACAUGGCGAUUUUGAGAGGUCCAACAUUCUAGCUUGGGCUCAGAGCAAGCCGUCGCAGUUCCGCCUGACCACCGCAGGCUCACUCACCCCACCAGUGAAUGUCAGCCUGGGUGUGAAGGCUCCCGUCGUGCUGGCUUCGCUCGGAAGCAACAUGCAGUGCUCGCAAGUCGCGCCGAGCGUGUGGGACUGCUUCGGCCAGACCAAGCUGACCCAGGCCAACAUCAACAGCAUCGGAUUCACGGCUGGCGUGGGGGUUCGCGUUGACUCGCACGCGUUGAGACUCACGUAUCUGGACUCGAACAGGCAGCCACUGGUUACCCGCUCAAGAUCGGCCCUCAAAAGAGCCAAGUCAACUCUGAAGAGGGAUCAGCUGUUUGGUAAGCCGGAGCUGCUGGUUGGGGUACCAGCUGGAAGGUUCCAGGCAAUGAUCAAUGGCGAUGCGUUUAAAGGGGGCGCGAUGUUUGCCGUCUCCAAGACAAACGGCAAUUGCAAGCUAUAUGUGAGCAUCCUGCUGCUCUACCGAGGCGACCUCAAGCCAGCAGCGACACUCUCCGUUUUCAAUAUGACUUCCUCUGAAACCACCAGCAUCCCCCUCGACUGCACGUGGACCCAGCCCAGGCCCGGCGUGCAGCUGUGCGAGUGGCUCAAUGACUUCCCGGCUAAUGCCAGUCCCACCUCCACACCUGCUCCAAACGCUGACAAUGCCGCUGACUCUGCUCCCUCUGCUGCUCCCUCUGCUAUUUACGCUGCUCCUAAUGCUGCUACCACCUCCACUCCUAACCCUGCUUCAGACUCUGCCUUGAAAGCUGCCAUGAGCAUGCGUGCAGUGGCCCUGCCACACCCACUUGACAAGUGGACUGGUCCAAUCGGGAACCUGGUCGUGAACUCAACGUUUACAGUGCUGGUGGAGUCAGAGGAGGGGGACACUGCUGAAGCCAUGCUGCGCUACGCACAGUGA